AUGUUUCCCCUGGAAACAUCGUCUAAUGCCCCCAGUGUCACGCGGUUGGAUCACGACGUACGUCACGCGUUCGUGACCGUCGCGUCGGGCGCGGAGUUAGGCCUUCACACCAACCAUGCUGGAAUCGGGGCGAAGAAAGCCGCCAGUGCGAUCAAAGAAACAGAAAACCUUUUUGGCAAAAAGGCAGACCUAGCCCCUUCCGCCGCCCUAGCUUUGCCCCCUUCUGAAGAGCCCCAGACCGAACACAGCGACGACUCCUCAGCACCAGACUCUAAAUUUGGGAUCAGCAAAGUCGAGGGUAGCUCUCACUCGAGCAUUAUCAAGGACGGGUCGAAUAUACGGCGUACAACAGUGCCUGCAAACUCUGACAAACCCCUGUAUCCCAUCUUCAGGACGGUGGCCAAGCCUCAGGUUCAGUUUGCUGCUGUGGAGUCUGCCGCUGAAGGAUCUUCCUCAGCUAUCCCUACGAUUCUUAAUCUUGCAUCGCCGUCUACCCCCUCAUCUUCACCUCCACUCUCGGUACCCGCUUCUGAGGCGGGCAUUCCUUCCUCUCCAAGCACAGGUACUGCCUUCGAGGUGCUGACAAUCAUUAGCGACGACGAAUUAGAAGUCCUUGAGCCAGAUUCUGAUGUCGUCAUCGUGGAUCCUCCCAGAACAAUCAAGUUACAAACCAAUACGAGAAUCAAUCUCGUACAGAAAAACCCUCAAGUAACACAACGGGGUGAAGAACUAUUGUUCCCAAGUGCGGUAUCACAACAUGUCAAAGGUCCGCAGACCCCGUCCUCAGUUACUUCGGGUGCUCCUCCGCGCAAACCUCGUCGUCAACAGUCAAUCGCGUCUCCGUCUGGUGCACGCCUAUCUGCUCAUCUGUUGCAACCUACUCGAGGAAGCAAUGAGCUUCCGGAAGAAAUCUUGCUGGUUUCCUCUCAGCAUGUUGACGAUGAACUUUUUGGAAAUUUGGGUCGCCAACAUGCAGAACAACACCCUGCCAUCGCACGAUUUUGGAGCGAAAGCAGUGCUAGUUUUCCUCAGCCAUCGAACGCACAAGACUUGUGGACGUUACGAUGGCGCCCUCGUUCUGCUCGCGAGGUCAUUGGAAACGAGAAGAACGCUUUGUACCUUCGAAGCUGGCUGAAAGCUCUUGAACUCACGUUGGAACGUCCAGACUCCAAACCUGAGGAGGCAAUCUCUCCUGAUAGCCAGCAAAGAAAAAACAAGCGCUCUGCGGAAGUGACGGAUGCAAAGGGCAGACAUUUCAAGCGCCCACGAGUAACCCGCGCCGUAGCAAAGUCUCGAGGGAGAUGGAGAUUACGGGUAGAUUCUGAAGAUGAAUCUGACGAUUUCGUCGUAGACGAUGACGAUGAUCGUAAUCAUAGUGACGGAGACAGCAAUAACGACGACGACGACGAGGAGCAACCGGCUCUACCUAAUACUGACACCUCCCAAGGGGCAUUAGAUUUCUCUCAUCAUCUAGCACGUUCUCAAAUUCAACAUCUAGAUUCAAGUCCCAUGAACGAUACGGAUGCCAAACCACGCAAUGUCACGUCCUCACUAAUCAACGACUCAGACAUCCCUUCCUAUUCUUUUGUUGACGGCCUGACCAACACCCUUCUAAUAACUGGAGUGUCAGGUUGCGGCAAGACUGCUGCUGUGUACGCCUGUGCCGAAGAGCUGGGAUGGGAGGUCUUUGAAGUUUAUCCUGGCAUAGGCAAGCGCAACGGCGCCAAUCUUGAGCGACUUGUCGGAGAUGUGGGCCGAAAUCACACUAUCGACAGAGGGCUCUUCCAGAAAGGAAAGCACGCGACAAGAACCUUGCUCUCAGCCCUUGCCCGAAAGGAGGGACCUAUAGAGGAUGAGUCUUCUGCAUCUGAAUCCUCUGGUGAAGGGGAAGCUAUGGAAUAUGCCUCGAGAAAGGAUCCGCAGGCCAUCCCCGACGGACAGGACAGCAGCAUCAGGCAAUCACUGAUUUUAUUGGAGGAAGUGGACAUCUUGUUCAAGGAUGAUGUAGGGUUCUGGCCUUCGUUAAUCGACUUCAUCAAGAACUGCAGACGGCCCGUGAUUUUAACAUGCAAUGAUGAACAUCUGAUCCCUGUCCUUGAUCUACCCUUACAAUCAACACUUUUCUUCAAACCAAGUCCUUUAGAUGAAACGGUCACCUAUCUUCAACAUGUCUGUCGUGCUGAAGGGUAUAACGUGUCUCGAGACUCACUGGCCACAGCUUACACAUCCAAACAUCUGUCUGAUUUGAUUGAUGUCUCUGCUUUGUCCAAUCUUGACCUGCGGAAGACACUUCUCAACCUACAGAUGCAGUUGUCGGGCAAACCACCACCUACCCGCGCAGCGGAUACAGCCGCAGUGCCACUAGUGAUCCCGAGCUCAGCAGAGACUACGCUCCAGCAGGCUACAGAAGAAUGGAGAUGGCUAUGCCAGCAUAGUGACUGCAUGUCGUUUGUGGAUAGCUUUCUCAGACGGAGAACAACGGAGAGCCCAGAGGUACUCGCGUUUGAGGGGACUGAGACUUCCCCUGAUGACGAACUAGGUUAUUCCGUGCUUUAUGGAUCUACUAGCACGCGUGAAGCCCGUGACGGCAUGGUAUUUUACCGUGCCGACGAGAACAUAGCAAGGGAAGCUAUCCGAGCCUCACGUGGAACGCACGAGGAAUGGGUGCCGAUCAAGGGUGCUGACGGACAGGUCGUAGAUCAGGAACUGUUCCGUGCUCGCGUGGAAUACCAAAGAGAGUUAGCGGACGGACUGGCGGGGAUAAUGACUUCGUCUGGGCUGAUGCCUCAGGAGUCGGCAUUCCUGGAUUACAUACCCUGGGUACGAGAACUCGUUCGGAUUGACGACAUGCACGAACGAGAGGCGUGGGACGGGAGGGAGAGGGAGAGGAGUGGGCGGAUGACGCGGAACAGUAUGCGUGCAAAGCAUGCGCGUACAAUUGAACUAAACGAGGGAUCGUAUAGGAAGAGUAUUCGUCGUCUCCUCCUUCCCCUUCCAACCCUCACCUCAUCGGGCGUGAUGCCCGCCGCCACGACCUUUGACACGAACAUGCACGACUCAAACAUACCCAAACACACUUCCCAGUCUCCGUCUCCGCCCAAAGACGCUCCACAUCAAAGGCACUCCCCCGCCAUAUCCCUCCCGCCCCUCGACUUCCUCAACGAUCGCAGGCCCUCGCUCUCCGACACUAUUCUCCGCAAUUCCCCUCGCAGCUCGCCGUCCUCCCGUACCCUUGACGGUAGCUACCUUCCCGUUGUCUCCUCUCGCCUGCUUAUUAUCUCCACAGCGCCCCGUCCAGCAGCCAACUACGUCUUUGGUGACAGCACCGCUUCCACUGCCAAUGGUGAAACUUCAGGCAGCCAGGUCCGUAGACUGCUCAGGUCACCUUCCCCCGAGCGCGAGAGAGGCCCUCUUCCUGCUAUCAACUCUCCGAUGAUGCAAAGCUCCAGGUCUCCUCACGACAACAAACAUGAAAAUCCUAACCUGUCGCGCUCUCCGCGCUACUCGCUGCCGAUCGACCAAGGCAAACAAUUGCACGGUCACCUUUCGGAGGAAACGGACUACGGGUCCAGGCGACAGUCCCUAGCUACAUCUUCAGACUCGAUUGUUCAUGGGACCAAACGAAAAAUGUCAAUGGAUCGGGACACUGAGGACACGGAUUCUCAGCUGGUGGGUCCGGGCAUGCCUAGUCCAAUAUAUAUGGACCCCGAUGGGCGGGCGCAGAAACGAAGGGGGUCUGCUGUGGACACCAACCGAAUAUCACAGCUUAGUUUAUAUGAUCGACGGAAUUCCGUAGAUUCACGGCUACUAGGCGGCCCAGCAGGCCACCACAAUUCACCACUGUGGCUAAACGAAAGACGUAACUCCAUGUCGUCCUUCACCAAUGGUGGCGGUGGCUAUUCUUCGGCAUUCACCGGCACACAUCCCAGAGCCCAUGCACCCUCCACGCCUAGCAGCAUGGCGACUUUCGCGUGGUCUGCAGCACAACAACCUGACAGCCAAGAGGAACCCCACUCCCAUCGCCCCUUUGACUCUCAACCACCACAUAGCAUGUCUAUGAUGCCCCCAUUGACCUUUCCGCCGGACAGAAGGAUGUCUGUCCCAGAGAACAGUCUCUCUGGCCCUGGCCCAACACGAAAUCUGCGUUCAAGAUCACGCCCUCCAUCGCGCCAGCUCCGCGAACCUAUUCACCACCCAGGCAGCUCUACGCUGCCCGCAGCUACCGCAGAGGAACCUCCGUCGGAGCCCACAUCCUCGACUACUCCCAACACCGCUUCAACAUCUACCGCUUCCGCCUCAAAGUCUAACAAAGAUUCAGGCACCACGCCUUACUCGCGGUCACCAGAGCUUCGUGUAUCACACAAGCUUGCAGAAAGGAAGAGAAGAAAAGAGAUGAAGGAUCUCUUUGAUGAGCUUCGGGAUCAACUGCCUGCUGAUCGAGGCAUGAAAGCCAGUAAAUGGGAAAUAUUAAGCAAAGCCAUUGACUUUGUUGUCAAUCUCAAACAAAGCCACCAAGAGAUGCUUCGGGAAAUCGAAAUGCUUCGACAUGAACUUGAAGGUUUCAGGCAGGGCAUACCUUCGUAUGCCACAGGGGCUCCACCGCCAUCGAUGGUAUACGCAUCGGCGCCUGUCGUGCAUAGCCAUUAUCCUCCACCCCCCACAGCCCAGCCACCACACCCCCAUCAACCAACAAUGCCUCCGCAAUCUAACAUGUCUCGGCCUCCGUCUUCUGAUACUGGCUUCACGCCCGGUAUCCCUUCAAGCGGCCCAGGCAAUGGUGUGCCAAACGGCAAGAACUCAAUGUCGGGGAGGUCAGAAGCCCCGCCGUCCUAG